UUACUUUGUAGGUAAGUUUCAGCUAGAACAGAGAGAAUGAUAUAAUUAAAAAUCCCAGUGUUUUAGCAGCAUUUAUAUAGCCCCACUGCAAGACUGGCAGGAAUAAAGACUGAGGAUAGACUUAAGUGCUACUAAAACAGUACAGAAAUGACAACCCUAAUGCGAACAGGACCAAUGGGUAACACAAUGGAGGUAAAACAGAGUGCCAAGAAAAAAAAUGAUAGUAAUUUAGAGCUGGGAGGGACCUCUGGAACCAUCGGUUCCAUCGCCAUCUUCAUACGAAUAGGGAAAGGAAUUGGAAAGCAAAAAACUGAAACUCCUCAGAAUUUAUGAUGCCACAUUGACUGGAGUCAUCAAUAAUGUUAACAUCGUUAAUCCAGCUAAUGGUAUUAACAGAAGGCGCGGAUUCCCUUCAGUAUGUGGAAGCCAAACCCUCAAAUUUGCUCUCUAAUGAAAGGUUUAAAACGGACAGAAACUUUCAUCCUUUAAAACUUGAAUUCCAUUUAGUUAAUCACCGGUAUGCCUACAAAGCAUUACCAAGAACGGCUCCUGUCCUACCCCAAAAGGGGUCUUUUAAGCAUUCUUCUUUCAGAGAACGCAUCCCCUAAAAUACCAGCGAAUCGUCUUGAGACGUUUAUUACUUUCAGGAGCUUAGGUUUUAUAAAAGGGUCCAGAACUGUUCAUUUGCUUGUUCAGUUUCCCAACUACAAAGCCUUAUUAGGCACUUUACGACCGUGCCACACAGAAUCCCUACCACGGCCGGGAGAGGAAAACAGGCGUCGGUCUAGGAAACGCAGGCAUGUGGGAGUCGGGGCUGCGCUCUGCGGAGGGAGGCCGCAGGGCGAGUCGGCUGGAGUUAGCCUUUUCCUUUCUUGGGGCCGCGGGGGCGCCGGCGGCUGGUCCUCGCGCCCCUCUACACUUUCUCCGUAACAGCCUUGACCAACCAGCUGACAACCCCAACCCUCUAGAGCUGAGAGAGGUCAGCGUGUGUCAGGCAGGAUCCGGCGCCAUGACGCAGUCGGCCUCAGGCACAUCCAGACUCUCUCGCCCCUAGGCGAGCCCCACGCGAGCCUCCAAUUUCCGGAGCGAAUAUGAAGCUUCUCGGAAAUCUCCAGACCCCUCCCUUUUAGAAAGGGCGCAGACAGCGUCUUCGUUUCCAAGGAAACUAGCUCUACCGCUACGUAACUUCCGCUGACCUGUCUGGAUUCCAGACUGUUGGAGGAAAAGAGGAAAACUGAGCCACAGCCACGACGGUGGACGCGAGCGUCUCCGGUCUGCGCAUGCGCCCGCUCAGCGGCUUGCUUCUAUUUAUGUGGGGGAUCCAACAUGGCGGCUGCGGCGACCCUGGCGAUGGCGGUGGAGCUCAUCAGAACAUAGUAGCGGGGAAGGGGGCACGGUCCGCACUCACGGUGGCGUCGGCGGAGACGACUGAGGGUGGUGGAGGGAAGAAAAGCAACGGAGAGCAAAAGGAAGGGCGGGCAGGCAAACAACUCGGCGUAGAACCGAGCGCCGGUUCGGGCGAAGGCAGAGGGCCAGAACAGUGGGGAUGGCGGAGCCACGCAGAGUAGCGUUUAUUAGCCUGUCACCGGUGAGACGGCGCGAGGCCGAGUACCCGAGUGCCGAACGCGAGCCCGAGUACCCUCGCGAGCCCCCCCGGCUGGAGCCGCAGCCGUACCGCGAGCCGGCCCGGGCGGAGCAGCCCGGCCCGCGGGAAGCUGCCCCCCGGUCGGACGCGCAGCCCCCGCCGCGGGAGAAACCGCUCCCCCAGCGCGAGGUCAGCCGCGCCGAGCCGCCUAUGUCGCUGCAGCGCGAGCCCCCGCGGCCCGAGCCGCCGCCGCCGCCGCUCCCGCAGCUGCACUUGCAGCCGCCCCCACCGCGGGAAUCGGCUUCCCGGGCCGAGCCGCAGCAGAGGCCGCCGAGGGAGACAGUGCGCCUGGAGCUGGUGCUCAAGGAUCCCACCGACGAGAGCUGCGUGGAGUUCAGUUACCCGGAGCUACUGCUGUGCGGAGAACAACGGAAGAAGCCCAUUCACACAGAAGACCCAUUUAAUGAUGAACAUCAAGAGAGGCAAGAAGUGGAAAUGUUGGCUAAGAAGUUUGAAAUGAAAUAUGGUGGGAAACCCCGUAAACACCGGAAGGAUCGGCUACAAGAUUUAAUUGAUAUAGGCUUUGGCUAUGAUGAGACAGAUCCAUUUAUUGAUAACUCAGAGGCUUAUGACGAGUUAGUUCCUGCUUCUCUAACAACAAAAUAUGGAGGCUUUUACAUUAACACUGGCACACUACAGUUUCGCCAAGCUUCAGAUACUGAAGAAGAAGAUAUUACAGACAACCAAAAGCACAAGCCACCCAAAAUUCCCAAAAUGAAAGAAGAUGAUAUUGAGAUGAAGAAGCGGAAGAGGAAAGAGGAAGGGGAAAAAGAGAAGAAGCCAAGGAAAAAAGUUCCUAAACAACUGGGAGUUAUGGCUCUAAAUUCACACAAGUCUGAAAAAAAGAAGAAACGUUAUAAAGAUUCUCUAUCUCUAGCUGCCAUGAUACGAAAAUUUCAGAAAGAAAAAGAUGCGCUAAAGAAGGAGCCUAACCCUAAAGUCCCAGCGAACUUCACACCCUCCUCUCUGAAUAAACCCCCCUCCACUGCUGUGGCAUUGGGAAAUGAUGUUUCGGACUUAAAUCUGAACAAUGCUGACCCAGACCUCCCCAUUUUUGUUAGCACAAAUGAGCAUGAACUGUUUCAGGAAGCUGAAAAUGCCCUAGAGAUGCUAGAUGAUUUUGACUUUGACAGAUUACUGGAUGCCGCUUCUGACGGCAGCCCCCUCUCUGAGUCAGGGGGAGAGAAUGGAAACACCAUCCAGCCAACCUGUGCUGCUCCGAUUAUGCCCAGGGUGGUACCUACACUCCCAGAAGGUCUACCUGUCCUUCUUCAAAAGCGUAUCGAAGACCUCCGUGCAGCUGCCAAACUUUUUGAUGAAGAAGGAAGGAAAAAAUUUUUUACACAGGAUAUGAAUAAUAUUCUUCUGGACAUUGAGUUACAGCUACAGGAACUAGUCCCUGUCAUUCGUAGUGGUGUCUACUCCCAUCUUGAAGCUUUUGUGCCAUGCAAUAAGGAAACACUGGUAAAACGCCUAAAGAAGUUACAUCUCAACGUCCAGGAUGAUCGUUUAAGAGAACCUCUGCAAAAACUGAAACUGGCUGUUAGCAAUGUCAUGCCUGAACAGCUAUUUAAAUACCAGGAGGACUGCCAAGCUCGUAGUCAAGCAAAGUGUGCCAAGUUGCAAACAGAUGAAGAUCGAGAGAAAAAUGGGUCUGAGGAAGAUGAUGAUGAAAAACCAGGGAAACGUGUCAUAGGACCAAGAAAGAAAUUCCACUGGGAUGACACCAUUAGAACUUUGUUAUGUAACCUUGUUGAGAUCAAAUUGGGAUGCUAUGAGUUAGAGCCAAAUAAAAGCCAGUCUGCUGAGGAUUAUCUUAAAUCCUUUAUGGAGACAGAGGUGAAACCAUUGUGGCCUAAGGGCUGGAUGCAGGCAAGAAUGCUUUUUAAGGAAAGCCGGAGUGUACAUAAUCAUCUUACUGCUGCUCCGGCAAAGAAAAAGGUGAUACCUGCACCUAAACCCAAAGUGAAGGAGUGUAGUCCAAAAAAGGACCAGAAAACUCCCGCCUCCGUGGCAGCUUCAGUCGGUGGUCCUUCUGCGAGCUCCAGCACGUCCGCUGUGGCCUCCACCAGUUCUAGCUCCACGCCGGCCCAGGAGACCAUCUGCCUGGACGACUCCCUAGAUGAAGACCUUUCUUUCCACCCACCUGCCCUGGAUCUUGUUUCUGAAGCUUUGGCUGUUAUCAACAAUGGGAACAAGGGCCCUGCAGCUGGUUCAAGGAUAAGUGUGCCGACCGCAAAACCUCGUCCAGGACUGAGGGAGGAAAAAUUAGCAAGUAUCAUGAGUAAGCUGCCCCUGGCUACUCCCAAGAAACUAGAUUCUACUCAGACUGCACAUUCAUCAAGUCUUAUUGCUGGUCACAUAGGGCCAGUACCAAAGAAACCCCAGGAUUUAGCUCAUACCGGAAUCUCUUCAGGCCUUAUUGCUGGUUCUUCAAUUCAGAACCCUAAAGUUUCCUUAGAACCUUUGCCAGCCAGGCUACUUCAACAAGGACUGCAGAGGUCAAGCCAGAUUCAUGCUUCUUCCUCUUCACAGACCCACAUCUCCUCUUCUUCCCAAGCCCAAGUUGCUGCCUCCUCUCACGCUCUGGGAGCAUCAGAGGCCCAAGAUGCUUCUUCGUUAACACAAGUAACAAAGGUGCACCAGCAUUCAGCUGUCCCACAGAACUAUGUGUCUCCAUUACAAGCAACCAUUAGUAAAUCACAGACCAACCCAGUGGUGAAGUUAAGUAAUAAUCCCCAACUUUCCUGUUCAUCCCCCCUUAUCAAGACUUCAGAUAAGCCACUUAUGUACCGCCUUCCCUUAUCUACUCCCUCACCUGGAAAUGGUUCUCAAGGGUCCCACCCCCUGGUUUCUAGGACAGUACCUAGCGCCACUACCUCCAGUAACUAUUUAGCCAAGGCUAUGGUGUCACAAAUCCCCACGCAGGGUUUCAAGUCUCCCUUCUCAAUGGCUGCAUCCCCAAAACCUGCCGCAUCUCCAAAACCUGCCGCAUCUCCUAAACCCUUGCCCUCACCUAAGCCUUCUGCCUCACCCAAGCCCUCUCUGUCAGCUAAGCCUUCAGUAUCAACUAAACUCAUUUCUAAACCCAACCCAACUCCCAAACCUACUGUAUCCCCAAGUUCUUCCAGUCCAAAUGCACUAGUAGCCCAGAGUAGCCACUCCAGCAGUAACAACCCCGUCCAUAAACAGCCCAGUGGAAUGAACAUCAGCCGACAGUCUCCCACUCUGAAUUUUUUGCCCUCUAACCGCACUUCAGGCCUUCCGUCUACAAAAAAUCUUCAGGCCCCUUCAAAGCUAACAAACUCAUCAUCCACUGGAACUGUUGGGAAGAAUAGCUUGAGUGGAAUUGCAGUGAAUGUACCUGCCAGCAGAGGUAGCAACCUUAACUCAAGUGGAGCUAAUAGGACUAGUCUAUCUGGGGGAACAGGAAGUGGAACACAGGGUGCUACUAAACCAUUGUCUACUCCACAUAGACCAUCCUCUGCCUCAGGGUCUUCAGUGGUAACAGCCAGUGUGCAGUCCACAGCAGGAGCAUCAUUAUUGGCUAAUGCCUCACCUCUGACUCUCAUGACAUCACCUUUGUCUGUAACAAAUCAAAAUGUGACUCCUUUUGGGAUGCUGGGUGGCCUUGUUCCAGUGACCAUGCCCUUCCAGUUUCCCUUGGAGCUACUUGGCUUUGGAACGGACACAGCUGGAGUGACAACCACCUCGGGAUCUACCUCAGCCGCUUUCCACCAUAGCCUAACUCAGAAUUUACUAAAGGGUUUACAGCCGGGAGCUCAGCACGCAGCAACACUUUCCCACUCACCUCUGCCUGCACAUUUACAGCAAACAUUUAAUGAUGGAGGCCAAAGUAAAGGGGACACUAAAUUACCACGGAAAUCUCAGUGACUUCCCUGCAAGCAAAGGAGAGGAGACGCUUAGCUGGCUGAUGGAAUCUACCUGAUGGGAAAGUACUCAUGUGGUCAUAGGGCUGCUGUUCUGUCGAUGUUUACAUUCUCUCGUCCCAAGCACUGUGGUGAGGAGGAAAAGGAAAAUAAAACAUUACUUGAGUAAAGCCAGGUGCAGGAGGAAGAAGUGCUUUUGUGCAAAGUUAGCGACCUUUGGUCUCUUCUAAAGAAAGACAAAGUUACCAUAUUAACUGACUUGAAAGAGACUCAGUUGUCAAACCCACAGAAGUACAAAUUUGAUUAUUCCCCGGGAGGAAGAAGGAAAUUGAGGAUUUGGGUAAACUCCAUCCAUCCUGGGGGUUGGAUCUGAACACUUAUAGACAUCACUGCAUAAUAAAAGGCAACAUAUCUGGAAUUAGGCCAGUUUGUCAGGAGUAACAAUCAUGUGUAUUUGAAUGGACUAUGCAGCAAAUUUGCCACAAAAAAUUAAUGACCCUAUGUCUGAUACAGAUAACAGCUGAAUAAAUACUGUACCCUCAAAAAUCCUGAACAAACUUGAAUCUUCUCUAGUAUAUAGCAACUCCCCAUGUAAAUCAGUGGACUAAAGAUACUUCAGGAAAGUAAUUUUAGCACAGUGAUAUAUAUUAUUAAGUCAUCAAGAUUUUUAAAAAGUCAAGAAAUUGAAACUGUUGCUCUUAACAGACAGAUGUCCCCUUUUUGUAAAAGGGUCAGUUUCAUUUUCCAUUCAGAAGCAGGCACUUACCUCUCUUCUUCAGGUGGUCUGUGCAUCUGGAAUUGACUGGUUAAUUCUUAUUUCCAUUCUUGAUGUUAAAAAGUGACUGUGUUCACAUUCGUCUCUUGAGAAAUGGGUAUCUGUGAUGUAGGGCCACAGCUUUUGUGCUCUUAGCCCUUACAUUCCUGCUCUGUGAACUCUUAAGUUUCCCCAGCUUCACUUCAGUUCAUAAUUUCUCCUGUUCUCUUGGCUAGUUGUACUCCAGGUGAUCACCCGUGAUAUAAACAGGGAUAACUGUGUAUUACAUAUGCUUCUUCACUGCUCAUUCAAAUGGCAUAUAUAUAUUUUUGGAAUUUUUAAGAUAGUAUUUUAAGGGGAGGAAUUACAUUGGGAUCAUUAUGUGUACAAUUAUUUUUUUGUAACAAUCAUAGUGUAUUUUUACUCCCUUAUCCAGGGUAGUAAAAUUGACUUGGAGCAUUUGGGAUCUUAAAGCUUUAUUAAUAUCUACUUAGAAUAUUGAUAAGUGAGUAAACCUGCAGUUAAUAAGACUUCUUAAUUAUUACAGCUUUCUUAGGCAAGUAGCAUGUUCAACAAAGGAUGUUAAGGGAAAAAUGGUUCUGUUUGGAUACGUUUUAUUUAUUUAUUUUUUUGAACCUCAUUACUGAUCUAGUCCCCCUUUCUCUCUCUCUCCUCCUAUUUAGACUUCUUAUUUCAAACUGUACCCAAGAAUGGUGUAAACUUGGUACAUGUGUAAUGACAGACCAACCUAAAAAACAGCAUCAAAUUGGUAGUAGCAAGAUUUCUUGCAUAGUCUUCAUUACAAAUCACCCUAUGCUGUUGAUUUUAUGCAAGUAGAGUACUAACUGAGCCUUUUUUUCCCUUUUAUAAGCAAAAGUCCCAAAUAGCCUAUAGGACUGAAUAAAUUACCACAGAUCUAUUCCGAUCUGUAUACCUAUAUUUUGACUUCAAAGUCACAUUGGCUUACUUCAUAGCAAAAAAGUUAAUAAGUAACUGAAAACUUUAGUUCCAAGAACUUGUUAUAGUAAGGGGAAAGGAUUAUUUCAGAGGAAUCAUUGAUAUAUUUACUUGCCUCUAAGAAUUUAGUUUACUAGUAAAACAAAUAUGAAUGUCUUUUCAAUCCUGGUAGAUAUUUUGGAAGGAUAUUGGGAUGUUGCAGAGAUUUGACUUGAAUCGAGUAUGUUUGAUAAACUUUGGUUCUUAAUUAGGGAAACUUACCCAGUUCUUGAGUUAUUCCAGUGUAGCAUACCUCUUACUUUUAUAUAAUUUGAAAAAAAACCUCUUUGCUAAAUACUAUGUAUGCAUUUUCCUUUGGGAAGCUAGCCUUUGUUUUACUUCCAAUACCAUGAGAGAAUUCAUAUGCAUAUUAAUCUCUUUUCCUGCUGAUAAUUGUGUGUGUAUUCAUCUGUGUAUAUGUAUACACAUAUAUUUAUUUGUAUAUAAAUUCAUUAAUAGUUGAAAUCAAGGAAUAUUAAUUUUAAUUUUUUAAAUCCAUCAGUUCUGAAUCAUGCUGUGUGAAGAUCCCUGAUGAUUCUUUGUUGUCAUUAGAGAAGAAAAGGAUUAUCUGUUCCCCCCACUAUCGUUUUAUAACUAUCCAGUAAAACUAUCUGAAGGCCCUUGGCUCUGAGAAGUUCAUAUAUAUAUAUGGAGAUUACGAUCUGUUUUCCUCAUUCUUGAUUCCUUGAGGGCUGCGGUUCCCUCCUCACACCCCACCACAUUUUCACUAAGUUACACCCAUUUCAAUCAAAACUACCCUUUUGUGUUGUACAAAUGAAACAAACACCCUUAUAUUUCUUAAUAAAAUAUUAUCAGAAAGCUCCUACAUGUAAAUACAAAACUAUUUCUUUUCUAGAUCAUACCAUUGAAAAUGGUGAUCAUAGUUUGUGGUCACUUAUCUUUACAGUUUUUCUUACUAAAAACAAACAUAAAUUGGUUAUUUUUUAGCACAGAGACUUGUGACUCAUACUGUAUUUUUGCACUUAAAAGUCAAAUUAUGUUAUUUUUAAAAUGGUAUUUGGAAAGGAUAUAGAACAGUGUGUAUUUCUGAAAAGCAUUAGCAACAUCCCAAUGCAAAGUAAUCAGCACACUGAAUUACAUCCCACUCAGCGGGAUUCUUGAUUCAGGAAAAUUAAGCUGUUUGUUUUCAACUGUCUUGUAUUUUCAAUUGCCUUCACUGACGUAUAAGCUGUUACUGUACAUACACGUUAAUCCUCAGUAUUCACAAGCAAUAACGGUCAGCAUGGUUGUCCUCGGGGAUAGCAGUGCUGAGCCUCAGUUGGAGACUGUUGGGAGCAAAGUGUCAAGCUCAUUUGGAGCCUCCAGAAUCAAUGCAAGCAAUAAUUCUAUUGUAAAUCAGUUAUAAUUCUUUCUCGUGUGCUUCUGAGAGCAGAGGGCAAAAGAAGAAAUGGUUUUAAAACAGCCUGAGGAAAGGUUUGGAAAGAAGCGAGGUUAAUCUAAGUCACAAAAUCCUGGUAUUCUAAGGAAAUCAGAGGAUUGUGUCAGUACAUUCUUUCAUGCCUACCACCCCUUUGAUGGAUGUUGUUAGCCCAAAUUACAUUUUUUAUAUCAUAGAAGUUAAAUAGGGUUUAACGUAUGGGUCACCAAGGUAGGAGGAAGAACCGGGCCACAUACAUGUUUGAAACUGUGGGUUUGACACCUGUUUGAAAACAAUUUAUUGGAAAAGAUUUUUAACCCAGGAUUUUUUUUUCCCCAAAGCAGAGCUAAAUUGUUUACUACCCAGGGUUGGAAAGGGCAGACACCUCUAGUCUUUCUCUUUCUGGUUGCCCUCUACCACGCACCCCUUUCCACCUCUACUUGGUUCCAGACAUUUUCUGAAAUGGAAAUUCUACUGUUAUUCAAACUGCCAUUGAUUAUGAGAACUCUAUGUCCCUUGGGAUCAUCUCUUAGAACUCCAGUUACCUAUCAUAUUUGCUGCUACAUUUGUAAAAUGAAUUUUGCCUGUAUUGGUCGACUUUAAUCUAAUUUACAGUUCUUCAUUUCUUGAAGGCUUUGUCGUAUAAUUUGACCCGUGUAUAGAAUUAGGAUACUUUAUUUUAGGAGUGUACCAUAAAAGCACACUGGUUCCUGUAUUCUUUUAAAUCAUAAUUUAGGUUUUGGAUUUGUGUUUGCUUUUUUUGCUCAUUGGUGUUUUGUUUUGUUUUAAAUUAGAAAUAGAAGAGUGAGAAAUCUAUGAUCAGGCCAAACUUGAGAACUUUCCCUGUGCUUCAGCGCUAUCAUUUCUGCUGACCUUAGGUUCUCAGAAGAGGCACUUUUACUUUCUAUGGUGCAUGUAUGAUUUUUGUUUUGUUUUGUUGGCUUUGGGGGACUUUUGCUUUUGUAAUAAUGAAGCAGAAGAAAGAUGCAGUAGUACAUAAAUGAUUUCAAACAUGCUUUGCAAUUUUUAUUUUUUAAAGUUUAAGAGGAAAAGUUUAACUCUGUAAAUCAUUUCUUAGCUCUGGUAAAAUGCUUCUAUUACUCUAAAACAUGCUAAAUUCAGGCCUUUGUCUUUGUUAAGUGCCUUUUUUUCUUUUUCCCCCUCUUUCAAAACUGUUCUCAGAUAUUCUAAAGUACAGACUGGUAAGGGGAUUCAAGAGGAAGAAUCUCAGACUUGCCAACGUCAUGUCGUACUAUAAUGUUCUUGUUUUUCUUUAUAUGUAUCAGGAUGUAUGUGUAAGAUACAUACAUGUUUGUGUGUGUAUAUAUACAUAAACAUGUUUAAUAUAUAUAUAAAACUAGUAGCUGCUAUAACAUCACAUCCUUUUUGAACACUCUCCCUUCAGUGUUUGCAGAACUUCUGCCUUGUUUUUUAUUCCAUUGCUUUUAAUCAAUUCAAAUGGGUGGAUUGGGAAAUUGUCUUUUCACAAGAUGCUAUCUUCCCCUUUUGAAUAUCUAUAGAAGCUAACAAAAAUGUGCGUGUAUGUGUGUAUAUAUAUUUAUAUGCACACAUACAUAAGUGUGUGUGUAUACAUAUAUAUAUAGUAAGUCAGUUAUUACGAGUGAAAUAAAUUUAGUGGGCUUACUAACUAUUCCUGGAUGUAACCCACUGCUCUAUGCCCUUCAAACUUGGCGUGAGUAUAUUGGAGAAAGCAUUGGAAUAAUGAGUGUUUUGUGGGUCAAGUUGAUCAGGUGCACUAUGGCAGGCAAGACUAAACACAUGGGAAAGCUAGAGUUAAAACCAUGGUAUUGUAUCUAAAUAAGUUUUGAAGGAAGUUAGCAAUUUUGUCAACAUUAAAAAUGCAUAAUGUUUUCUUCUGGGAAAUGAUUUUUGGAGAAUUCAUAUAGCUGCAUAUCCACCAAAAGGUUAAUAAACUUUGAAGUAGAAGGACUUAAAUGCUGAGGAAAACAAUCAAAUAUAAGCUACGGCAUUCUUGAGAGAUCUUCAGUUUCCUUUUUAUUUUCCAGAUAAUUACAUUUGUCUUAAUCUGAUUUUAUGGUUAUUUAGAUUUCUCCCUGGAGCAAGAUAACAUAAUUUUCAGUAUCUAAGAUUCAUCUGUUCCUUGUUGAAAACAGAAGUGACAUGUUAAGGGAGACUAAGUUGAACCAAUCCUCAAAACCUGGUACAAAUGUAUCUAAUAAGUGCUCCCUUUAAGUACAUUUUAAUUGGGAAGAGGAGACUGGGGGCUCAAGAGGAGAAAGCAGAGGCUCCUGGUAGUGUUAUCUGACAGCAAAACAAUUAUCAGGUGGCUUCAGGUCAGUCGUGUUACUCUUGAAUUACUAUGUUUAGGGGGAAUAUCAUUUAACCUUCGUGCCUCAGAUUACCCAUUAGAAAAUUGGGUAUAAUAAUAUUCACCUACCUCCCAGGGAUAUCGAGACUUUACUAUUUCAAAAAUACUUUUGAGUUUUUCUAAAAUGUCCUGUAUAACUAAAAAAGUAUUAUCAUCUUCCUGCAGAGGCUAAAAAUGUUUCACUAUGAUGGGUAUAAAAAGCACCAUAUGAUUUUGAAGUUAAGGAAAAAAAAACACUAGAAUUCUAAUUUAGAUGCAUAUUUGUUAUUUAAACAUAUUUGUGGUGGGAUAAAAUGGUUAGUUUCAGAUUGAUAAAUGGGGAGGGGGAAUAACACUACGUUUCUGAACUAGAAGUAGAUUUGUUUAGCCUUUAUGGUGUUACUACAUGUGUGAUUUUCACCACAGUUGUGGAACUAAAGCUAGGUAAAGUUUGGAUGCUUGGUUAUCGGAGUUGAUAAAUGAUCCUGGAAGUUUUAUCUGCCUCACUUUUCCAUCUUCCAUUUUAAUUUCCUUAUAUUGUUUGGUGAUGGAUAGCUAAGCUUUUAACUUUCUAAGAAUGGGUAGGAGUCUUCUCUCAUUCUUGUAAACCAGAGACUCUGUACUGUUCCUGUUCUAUACACUUAUCCAGCUUUGCACUGAAGAGGUAAGUGCUACACACAGUCAGCUAGGCACACUUUUAGCCAGUCUACCUUUAUAAUUUAUAUGUUUCUUCAGCCCAUGAAAGAGUUGGAGCCGUCAACUGCCCAGGUGGUAGGAAAUGGGGUGAGAGGGGCAGGACUCACUUCCUAGCUGGAGCAGGAGUGGUGAGGGUGGGGGUAGAAGGAAACAGAUUUUGCCCAACCCCAAGAAGGAGAUGAAGAUCAUUUUAUCCCACCUUCCAUCCUGGCAUGUGAUAGUAAUACAGAGAAUUUUCCUUUUAUUAUUUAAAACAAAAACAGGAAAAAAUGGAUGCUGCAUUUUUAGUUAGGGCUAAAUUGCUGAGCAACAGUUGUUGAUUUAAAUCAACAUGUAUGUAGAUUUUAAUUGUAGCACAUGUUUCAGGGUCAGGAAAGAGAAUGUAGGGGGAUGAGGAACAAAUUGUCCAGCUCAAAUAAGUCAGGAGAAAACACCAGGUCCAAGCAGAGAAAGCCUAUGGGUUAAUUCCCAGAAUUGGCAAAGGCCUAUUUAAUCUCUAGUGAUAGGAUGUUUUGUUUUGUUUUUCAAUCACUUUUUGGUUUUUUGUUGCUUUUUCCAGAUAAAGCCUUAGUAGCCUCUAAAUAUCAACUAUGCAGAUAAACACACUCUUUAUUUUCCACAUUUUCCCUAUUUUUCCAUUCUUCAGAUAACAGGUUAAGACUUCUACCCAAAGAAAUAAGGCACAAGGGUUUUAUUGAAUGUGUGUUUGUUCCUCUACGAAAAAUUAGCAGAAGUAUAAAAUAGAGAUUUUGUGUGUGUGUGUUCAUCUAUCCUAAAAUGUGAACUUUAUAUUCAAAAUAAAUACACAUCCUUUUACUGGUGCAAAACUAUAGGUAGAAUCAUGGAAUAUCUUUGGAUUGUUAAAUAAAAUAAUCCCAAUGUUCAGUUCUAAGAAAGUUUGAGAUUCUGUGGCACAGUGUUCAAAUUUGUAGAGCUGAACAGAUAGUCAGAUUCUAAUUAAAAAUAGCUUUGAAUAUUAAUGUUGGAGUUCUUCUUUCUGCAUUUCCUGUAGUCUUCAUUUUCUUUCUUCUAGUCUGAGCUCUUAAGUGAACCAUUUCAUCAGCCAGUUGCUACACUAAAAUAUAACUUGCAUAUUGCUAAGAGUCUGGGGAGAAAAAGUUAAACAGUUUUUCAUCUCCUUUUCUCACUUAGGCCAUCUAUCCUGUGUCCCCAUUGAAUUAAAAAAUAAAGAGUACAGGCAUAUUUUAGUAGAUUGUUUACAUCCCAGCACAGACUCAGACAGGGACUAGCAGGAUUUUAAUCAGACUGCGUUUGAUGAACAAUUUGAUAUUAGAUUACAUUUUUCUCAGACACUCUCAAAGUACUAUUUACUUGAAAGUAGCUGUUUUUGAUCUCUGCUAAAUUUCUUUGUAAUAGAAUACUUCUAUUUCCAAGUCUUUCUUAUAUAUUUUAUAGUGGGUUAGCACUGAAAUUUUAGACACUUUUCCAAACCGUUUCAUGAUCUCAGUAGUAUAAUUUAAAGGAGUCUGUAUAUGCCCAGGACUUAGAUUGAUUGGUGACUGGAAUUUUUUUUCUCCUCUUCUUUGUAUUAAAAUAGAUUACUAUGAAAUGUAGUAGCCACAUUUCAUGGCUUCCUCUUGAUACUUCUCAAGGUUAUCUAACAGAGGCAGAACUUUGUUAGGGGCUCUUAUUUUUCAUAAUGCUCUGCCUUGCUUAUUUUCCUACUUUCCCCAGAGUAAACCUACUUUGCAAAGGUCUGAGUCAUACAGGCCAUAUGAAUCCUUAGUACUGAUUUUAUGUUCCACAGAAAACUGUAUAUAUUAUUUGCUCCCAUUUUGCUAAUAAUAAUAUAAUUCUAUGUUAUCUUAAAUCUAGUUCUAAAAUAUUUUAUAAUAGAGCACUAAUGGAAACCUAAUUGAAAUACAAACAAAAUUAUUAUUACCCAGGAGAACUUGGAAAACUGUUUUUGCAGUUAACAUCUCUGUCUACCCUCUGAGCACACUGAAUAGGAGUCAGCAGUAACCAAGGCCAGCCAGUCGGCAUGUUUUUCUGUGCGACAGCCUGCGCUUAAUUUGUCACAUCCUAGCUGUCUUGUGUUUUCUGUCCUUGCAGUCAUACACUUUCCUUAUUUUUUGCUUAUCUCUGCUGUUUGUAGGGUAAUGUGCCCUGUUGCCAGCAAAUUGGGUUUUCUUUCCUACAUCUGCAAAAUACCCAGUUUUGGCUAGAGGCAUUAAAAGAGAAGUUAUUCUCAGUUAACAAAAGGUAUUAUUACUGUUUUAUAUAGUUAGUCAGAAAGUUGGUCAACUUUGACCAACUUUUUAAAUCCUGGCUACGCCUACAUAAUUAUUACAUACCCCUUCUGAGACCUUCAGAUAACCAAAGGGCCCUUCUAUCAGUAGAGGUGGGUUUCCAAUCUACAAAUAAUUCUUCAAAUUCAUAGCCAGCGUCCAGAGAAAAAAUUCAAGCUUUCUACUGUCCUUUUGUUGUCUGUCAUUGAAAAAAAUUUAAAAAUAUCAAAGAUACCAAAUUUUUCUCAAGAUGAAUAUGUAAAUCUGGGGCUUGCUCUUCUGUUUUGCUUGCUCAACAGUGUCAAGCUUAAAAGAAGAAAAGAAAUUUUUUGCUGGAGAAAAUUUUGUGCCCCAAAUAACAUGUUAAUCAAAGUCUACCAUGGUAACUAAGUGAUGGGUAUUUCUUUAUUACAAACAAGAAAGUUUAUUUGCAGUUUUAAAAAUGUGCACUGCAGGCCUAUUUGCUAUAACUGAUUGGAAAUAAGGAUUCUGAUUUUUAGUCUGGGUAAGCACAUAUUUCCAACCCUUUCAGUAGGAAUUGUGGUAAGGGAAAGACUUUUGUUUGGUAACAGAAGGAAAAGGAAAAAACAGGACUGAUACAGUGAAUGUUCACUCUGUAGAGGAACUUCCCUCCGGUUACGAAUCUUCCUCUUACUUUAGCCACCUCCACACAUGACAUAGAUGCCAACAUGUUUCACAGCCAGUCUUGAAAGAAGGAGCAUAAAUAAUCUCUGCUCCUCUGGGUGAAAGGCACUGAUUACUGUGUUGCAUUUGUUUAUAGGGAGGUGUGUUUUGCUAACUUGAAGGGAUAUACUGUAUUUUUAAAUAAGUGUGUGACUUAAUAUUUUGGGAUUUUUUUUUUCUUCCUAUAAAACUGGACCUGAACACAGCUUUGAGUUGAUACUUGUAAUAAUCUCAGGACCUGAAAGAUUGUAGCAUUUAGUGUGUCUUAAAAAUUAUGUACUGUACCAGCCAUGGAUUUUUGUAAAUAUACCUGUCUCCCUUUUUUGUAUUAUUUUAGUAAAAAUAAUAAAUUUAAAUAAAAGGGGGUGGUGAUGACAUGUGAAUGGGUGUGGAUAUGUGUGUGUGUGUGUGUUUGUAUAAGGCUCUUUUGAGAUGAACUGGUGCUUGUUUAAUUUCCGGCUCUAAUCAGAGCAGGAAUAUGGACAAACUGCUGCUACUGAACCCCGCACUGAGCCGAGGUGUUUCCAUUCUGUCUUUCCCAGUGGUUGACUAAAUACGAGCUACCAGGAAAUGACUCAGAGGUUAAAUUCUUCCCACUGCCAUCUUGCCUUUGCAUUCUGUUAUUGCCCUUUGAACUUUAAUGGUAAAGCUUUCCAAACUUUGGGUGGUUUGCUGGUCUCUAGUUUUUAGAGAGCUCUUGUCACUAUUUUCUAAGAGGAAAGAAGGACAGGUAAAUCAUUUUAACCAAAAAUUACAUAUUUCAUAAAACCCAGAUGAAUUUUGGAUAUGUGAGAGGACUUCAACAUUCCUAAUACGGAUCUGUGAGUCAAGUAAAUUACUAUGCUAGAAUAUACUAUACCCAUGGAUAUACUCCUUCAGUGCAGUGCAGGGGAUUUUUUCUUUUCUUUUCUUUUUUUUGUCGCAACAGCCUUGCUCAUAUUCCAGGUGUAGCUAGCAAACCCCUGUUUAAAAGCAGGAGCCUUAUUUGAUUCAGUGUAGAUGUUUCCUGUCUAUCCUUUGUGACAGGGCCUUUUACAUGAGUGUUUUUUCUUUUUGUAUGUGUUACGUGUUUGUUGUAUUAAAUAAAAAGAGGAAUGUACAUACUGUU